GUGACACUAUAGACGCUAGCCUUCUUUUUGCGAAGACUAGAUCUAACAGUAGCGAGCUUGGAAAUUAAUUUUCCUGUUUCCUUAAAAUAUAGCUAACCUUUUAGCACAUUGUAUUUAAAAGGAGUAACUUAGUUGGAUAACAGUUCCAAUUCGUGGUUGGAGCUGAUGUUAACUCCACAAACGUGUUUGUUUGUUCUUUUGGCUUAUUUUCGUAGCUUGGAAACUAGCUUUCCAACUGGCUAAAUAAUCAGCUAACUUAGCUGGCUAGGUAGCCUGCUGUAAAGAAUAAAGUUAGCAUACUAGGAAGCUAACUAACUACAAUCAACGCCCUGUGUAUACGAAUCGCAGGUAGACGGUUGCAAGAGAAGCCCAAUUCCUGGGCUCGAAACGGCAGGAAUACGAAGAGGUUUGUUGGCGUGUGCGGGGGGUUCGCCUCUGCCCGAAAAAGACCAACAUGGACUUCGAAAAUGUCCUCUCAAUUGCUUCACAAAACCAGGGCCUUAGCACUGUAAGCGUAAAGAAGCGCUACAGCCUUCAGGCUGGCCCACCGAAGAAGGAUCCAAAAUCAAAGGGUGUCAACUCGGCUGCUAUUCAGGCCUUCUUAAAAAAGAAAGAUAUUGAAGAGAGAAAGAAAGAGCUGGUACAGAGGAAGCAAAAAGAUGAGCUUUUGGCCAAAAGGGUGGAGCUAAAGUCUGAUAGAAAGGCCCGGGCGAUGGCGUCCCGGACCAAGGACAACUUCAGGGGCUACAAUGGCAUCCCAGUGGUCGACCAGCCCAAAAAGAGAGGGGCAAAGGCAGAGUCCUCAGAAAACCCCACGGGAAAGGCAGACUUCGAUGAAGAUGACGAGGACAACUACAACUACGAGUACUCCCAGAGUGAAUCGGACCCGGAGCCCGAGCCAGAGCCAGAGAGAGCGCCCAGCAGGCCCGCCUCAAAGCCCUCAAAGAAGCCCCCUGCCGCAGCCAAGCCCGCCGCGCCGCCCAUAAACUUUGCGGAGCUCCUGAAGCUGGCGCAGAAGAAGCAGUUUGAGCCGGUGGAGCUGAAGACCACCAAGAAGAGCGAGGAGAGGCUGCGUACGGCGGAGGAGCUGAGGGAGCUCGAGCUGGAGCGCAGGGCCAAACGGCAGGACUGGGGCGGUGACGCCAGGAAGGAGCCUGGAGGAGACGCCAGGGGGAAACGCGGAGGAGACGCCAGGCAGGAACGCGGAGGAGACGCCAGGCAGGAACGCGGAGGAGACGCCAGGCAGGAACGCGGAGGAGACGUCAGGCAGGAACGCAGAGGAGAUGUCAGGCAGGAACGGGGGGGAGACGUCAGGCAGGAACGGGGGGGAGACAGCAGGCAGGAGCGUGGAGGAGAUGCCAGGCAGGAACGGGGGGGAGACGUCAGGCAGGAACGGGGGGGAGACAGCAGGCAGGAGCGUGGAGGAGAUGCCAGGCAGGAGCGUGGAGGAGAUGCCAGGCAGGAGCGUGGAGGAGAUGUCAGGCAGGAACGGGGGGGAGACGGCAGGCAGGAACGGGGGGGAGACGGCAGGCAGGAGCGUGGAGGAGAUGCCAGGGGGCAACGGGGGGGAGAUUCCAGGCAGGAGCGGGGAGGAGGGGACAGCAGGAGGGAGAAGGGAGGAGGAGACUCCAGGCAGGAGAGGGGAGGAGGAGAUGACAGGCAGGACAGGAGGCCACAGGUUAACCCCAGCUCCUCCAAGAGGAGCGCACCCACUCCAACGGCAGAUAAGGAGCCUCGGAAUGGGAAACCGCACAAGGGCUCCUGGGAGAAGCCCCCUUUGAGUGGGACCAGUAAGAAACCAAAGCUCCAGGCCCCCUGGGAGACAGAGAGAGAGAGGGAGAGGGAACGGCCGAAUGGCUCCUUCAAGCCACCCUGCCCAGCCAGGCCCAAACCCGUCUCCUGCAGCUCCAGUCCGUCAGGUGCCUUCAGCAGCAAAGCGCCCAUGAAAGCCAGCACUCUGGCGACCGCUAAAACGCCCGCGGCCAGACCUCCGGCGAGCCAGAGACCGGCCAGCAGCACCAGCAGUGACCUUAGCCACAGGAAGGGCAACCCUCCCUCGCUACCUCUCGGGAAAUCAGCCAAUUCAGGAACCCGCCCCGUCGCCGGCCCUCGCGGUUCCACCCCCAUCAGACCUCCCGGCACGGCUCAGGCCAGGCCCAGCUCCGGCUCAGGGAGACCCGGGGGCUUCGCCCCUCCGCAGCCCGGGAAGGGGGAAGCAGUGCGGCCGGGAAGAGGGCCCCCGGCCAGGCCGGGCGGUGUCGGGCAGCCCCGACCGGCGCCCUCCGGUCCUCCGAGACCCGGCGGCCAUCCCCAGCCCCGACCGGCGCCCUCCGGCCAUCCCCAGCCCCGGCCCGGCGGGAGCUCCCAAAGCGGGGUCCGGCCCGUGGCCCAAGGACCCGGGAGGCCAGGGAACGGCAGCAUGCAGGGACGGCCCGUCAGCAGCCUGAGCUCUGGGCCUGGGAGACCCAAGUGCACGGUUGUGUCCGAAACCAUUUCUUCCAAGAACUUUAUGCCAAAACCUGGAAUGGGACCCAGGAUUCCUCCAGGACCAAGGAUUCCUCCAGGACACAGACCCAUGAUGAGACCACCAGGCCCGCCUCUCCCGCCGAUAACCUCCAGCUACAAGCGCAAGUACGAGGAGAUGGAGGACGAGUACGACUCGGAAAUGGACGACUUCAUCGACGACGAGGGGGAAGACCAAAGCGAAAUCUCCAAGCACAUCAGGGAAAUUUUCGGCUACGACCGGAACAAAUACAAAGAGGAAAGUGACUAUGCACUGAGUUUUAUGGAGAGCACCUGGAGAGACCAGCAGAAAGAGGAGGCCAGGAGCCUGAAGCUGGCUGUGCUGGAGGACCUGGAAGAGGAGAGGCGGGAGGAGGAGGAGCUCAAACUGCAAAUGCAAAAUGCCAAGAGGAAAAAAACCAGAUAAUGUUAGUCUGUUCGGUCACCACAGAACUUUGUCCUUCACGCCAAGAACAGAGGGACAUGGUUUAGGAGCCUGAGUCGCUGUAACAGCGACUGACUCCUUCCAUUUUCCUCCCGCUCUCCUUCGUGGUUGGUAUGGAGGACUUUUGGAAAACAGGGAAAACCAAUUAAAAGAAAGAGAGCAAGUGAAAGUGGAAGGAUUGGAACAGUCGGUUGGAAAAGAGCAAUGAGAAGGCAGGACUCCUCUGUUACAUUAUUUAUUUCCCCAGGAUAAGCAGGUUUGCACUACCUUUGUAAUCAUGGAGCUGCACCCUAUCAAUGGAAGAAUAAUAUUUAAAAAAUCAUGUUCCUAAAAGGUUUUUUUUUUUCUGUCAAUAGAAAUCUUAGAUUAUAUUUACUUUUUAGUUGCUCCCCCAUUCAGUUGAACAUCAGCUGAAUGUUUUGCAGUCAGAACGUGGAUAUACGGCCUUUGUGGUUUCAUUUUACUAAUGCUACUAAUUUAAUUACAGGAGAAUACAUGCCAUUUGUAACAUAUAUUUUUCCCUUGUUUAAAAGAUUUGACAGAU